AUGUCGUCUGGGGGUCCGUGCGAAGUCACUAUCGACAGCGGUGAUCUGAUGUUUGCCUCAAUGGGACCAAUGAUCGAAUCUCUUGAAGAGCAGAUCAGGAGCACUCGUGGGGCUCAAUUACAAAUGAAUGCAAAAAUUAACGAAAUGGCUGAGUUUCUGCACGAGUUGAAUGAGCACGAAGAACCAUACGAUAUACAAGCAUACGUUGGCAAGCUUCACGAUUCUAAACGCAGAGUAAAUAAUGUAAGCCAGAUCAUGGGAAGUGUCCACGAUCGUCUGAGCCGCGUCCAGCGGUUGAUAGCGCGAGAAAUUUACAAGAAAAAGAAGACUAUCAAAGAAGCUGAUGUUCCUCCGUCUCCUGAACACUGA